AUGGCCUUGUCAUUGGCAUUGGGUGGCCUCUACCUGGUUCAGCGUGUCCUGGUGGGAAAGCGCCGUCGCUCGGGGCACUGGCUCGUCCAGUACGGUGCAAUGGCAGCCUACUAUCUUCCCGCUCCUCUCGCAUUUUAUGCUGCCAAAGCUGUGUACUCCACGUCCCACAUCGAUGAAUCUACCCCUUUCCUCGUGGCCGGCGUCCUCUUAAUAUUGAGUGUUACAGUUCGAGAGGAUGUACUGCUGCUUGUCACCAACAUGAGAGCCUAUUCUCUCCACUACCAUCCACGAGAUGGUUACAAUUAUCUCAUGUGGCUAGUCUUCCUUGGUUGGGUAUAUUUGGAAUGGGCUCGGAUUCCAGUUUGCAAUCGCAACUGGUGUUGGUGGCGAUGGCUGGUCGGACUUCUGAAGAUGGGUCUACCUUUUCUCGUGUUUUUAAGUAUGUUUGUUGAUACAUCAGACUCCACCUUGGAUUGCCAGACCAAAGCAGUUGCUGACUACAUGAAGCGGGAGUCCAGCAAGUCGUCAACAAGCUCACCCUUCUUUGAUGAUGAUGAUGAUGCUAACCGCAACAGCAGUCUGCUGCUGCUGGAUUGUUGCAGAUAUCCCUUUGUGCAGGGGGGAAAUGGGGAAUGGGUCACUGUCAAAGAUUUGGUGCAGCGAGAUGACCUGCCGAAUGAGGACAAGGACAUUUGGCUCUCCUACAGCUUGUCCCGGCUUUUAGCAAGGCGCUACUAUGGGUUCCACUGCACAGAAGAAGGAGAUGACAAGGUGCGCCGUCUUGCGCUGGCGGACCUGAGAACAACAGAUGGCUACAAGAGGGCAUUCACCAUUGUUGAGGUGCAGUUGGCUUUCCUUCACGAUUACUUCUUCACCGCCUCCCUCCCAAUCAUAGAAUCAGGAUUGAAGUACAUUGAUGCUGCACAAAAGUUAAUGGAGCUGGACAACAUGAGAGAGUUGGUUGCCGAUACUCUCCGAGAUAUAGAUGGCCCGCCAACAAACGGUACCAGAUCUCUGAAGAUUAACAUGGAUCAGAUAAACUGGGACGAGAUAAGCAGGGGCAGUGCUGGUUAUGACUGGUUAUUGACCUGCAAGCAAGAAACUCACACGGACACCAUCCUCAUAUGGCACAUAGCAACCUGCUACUGUGACAUGUCACUGCGCCAUUGUGAUCAGCAGGAAGGGUUCCCCCGAUUAGCCGACACCGACACUUUCCAUGAAGUUGCCACAACAUUGUCAAGGUACUGCGCCUUGUAA